AUGCUCUCCCCAUCGUCACAGUCGACCCACCGAGACAGGCAACCUCGGGGAUCCAAAGUUCGGGAUGGAAAGAUCAGCGGUGGCGGCCCGCUCCAGCCGAUCAAUCCACGAGCUCGCGCCACUGUGACCACCAUACCGAACAAUGAAGCGAGUCUCUACAUGGACGACUUUUGUCUCGAUGCUCCGUCGUUUGUGACGUUGGCUAGUGCAAUGAAGAUGCGAGUUUGUGAAGUGUUUUGGCGCCAGGUGCACGUACAACUGAUCUGCUCGAGUGAGUUAUCGUCGGAACAAUUCAAGCAAUACUCAGCGGUGGUGUGUGUCAGGCGUCGUCGUCAGGGAUGCCUUGGCAGCUCUGCACUUGCGAUCUCUCUCGAUCGACGGAUGCACCCUGUGCGCAUGUUGGCGACAAAGGCGAAAGAGUCACGCAAGCUUAUGAUCGGCAUCGAGUACGGCUGGCGGUCGAAGCGCGUGUGGUUCCGAGCACCCAACGCUGCAGUCUACGAGCAGUGGAAUACGGUCAUUCGAGCUGCAUUGCACGGAAAUUGCGGCGGAUUCGACCAAGACGAAGAACUCGCCAAGUGGGUCGAGCGGAGUGGUGUUUCCAUGAUGGAGACUACUACAACGAGCGUCAAUUGCAGCAUGGAACGCUUCAGCACCGACUCGUACGGACGGGGCUAUUCGACCAGUUACCAGUCCGUUAUCCCCGACGACGAAUGGUCUGCUGAAGGUGGCGGUAAACCCGAGGACCACUCCGACACGAUGAUCUGGAGGGGAAGGCCAGCGUUCUCCUUUGCCGGACCGGACAAUGUGCGCUACGACGCCAGUUGA